CAAGUCGUACCUCUUCCUUCUCCAUUUGGCGGUCGAUCAGUACGGACGUGAGAGUGUGUUAGCUCGUGUAGUGUAUUUAAUUAUUUGUUAAAGCGCGAUUUAUAAUUGUGUUUUAAGUGUUUUAUUAAAAUAAAAAAAAAAAUAGAAUAAAUAAUGGCCGAUCAGGAGAACAAGGACUUCAGCGAAGAUAUUGCCGAUCAAAACUUCGAGCAGAACGGCGAAGCAGAGAACGGCGGCGGGGACGCCGCAGAAAAUGGCCAAGAAUCACAGGAGGACAGGUCAACCGGAGGUAAUCAGGAUUCUUUAAAUGAUAGGAAAUUAUUUGUGGGUGGCUUAAGCUGGGAGACUACAGACAAGGAAUUAAGGGAUCAUUUUGGUACAUAUGGAGACAUUGAAAGCAUCAAUGUCAAAACAGAUCCUAAUACCGGACGGUCGCGUGGAUUUGCCUUCAUCGUUUUUGCUAAAGCCGAAUCGUUAGAUAAGAUCAUGGCAGCUGGCGAUCAUAUAAUUAAUAAUAAGAAAGUUGAUCCUAAGAAAGCAAAGGCUAGACAUGGCAAAGUCUUUGUUGGUGGCCUUUCAACAGAAUUGUCAGAUGAUGAUAUUAAGCAUUUCUUUUCUCAAUUUGGAACAAUUGUUGAGGUAGAAAUGCCAUUUGACAAGACAAAGAACCAGAGGAAAGGUUUCUGCUUUAUUACAUUCGAAUCUGAACAAGUAGUAAAUGAAUUGCUGAAAACUCCUAAGCAAACAAUUAAUGGUAAAGAGGUCGAUGUGAAGAAAGCAACACCUAAGCCUGAUGGUAUGGGAGGAAUGCGCGGUGGCGCUGGUGGUCGAGGCGGUCGUGGUGGUAGAGGAGGUAGAGGUCGCGGUUUUGGCGGUCAAGGUGGCUGGGGCCAAGGCGGAUACGGAGGUGGAUAUGGCGGCGGUUACGGUCAAGGCGGUUAUGGCGGUGGCUAUGAUGGAUACGGAGGAGGCUACGAUUAUUACGGCGGUGGGUACGGCGGCUAUGGUGGUUACGACUACAGUGGAUACGACGGCUAUGGCUAUGGCGGUGGUAGUUACGAUGGUGGCUACAGUGGUGGGCGCGGUGGUGCACGCGGUAAAGGUUUCCUGUCCAUCCACAAAUCUCAUAACUCGUUAAAUCAUCAUUCCAUUAAACCACGCCACUUUCAGCAAGAUUUUCAACAACGCAGACUACUGCCGCAAAAUAAAAUGAAUCAUCAGGAAUCACGACAAAAACUGUAAUAGCUUCACGUUUUUCGUCUAGCAAUACAUCUGUAUUAUCAAGACAACAAAAGCAAACAUAUAUACAUAUAUAUAUUAUAUAUAUAUUAUAUAUAUACAUAUAGGUACACAAUGCUUUCUUCCAUCUCUCGUUUACCCUUUUGUACAAAGUGAAAAAUACUUCAUAUUUCACAUUGGUCCCCUAUCUCAUUUCAUCUUAUUUAUCAUUAAUUUUUUUUACCGUUAGUGUACGUUACGUUGUUCAGCGUAAGGCAAUGUCACAUCGCAAUACGGUUGCAAACUUAUUAAUAUUCUGUUAAUACAAAUAUGGAAUGAUAUGAAUGCUGGCGUAAUAAUUAUUCCAAACGUAUAGACAAGAUGCCUUACAAUGAAAUAUUGUAACGUAAUAUUUUUGUGCAAAUGGGAAAGCAAAAGAUGAUAGGAAAUAAUUUAAAUACAGAUAUAUUAGGAAGAAUCAAGUUUCUUAUUCAUCGCUUGGGACUACUGAGAAAUACCUACGUCCCUAUUUUUAACAAUAAGAUUAUUAUAAUUUGUUUAUAAACUAAACUUAAUAAGAAGAAAACUACUAUAGAAAAGUAAGCAGGCAAUGUACUUUUUACACGGCUAUGAUAAGACAAAAAUGAAAAAUACCGAAUUGUUUAUAAUGAUUGUGUGAGGUAUGAAAUGAGGUAAAAAGAUUAUUGCUUCCUUAUUGGUAAGAAAAAUAGGAUAAAAUAAAUUGAUUUUGUGUACAUAAUAUAUACCGCGUAUGUUUGUAUUUGUGUUAACCGAUCCUAAUAAUUUAAUAUUUGGAAAACAGUAUGUACACAAUACUUCUUUAAAAUAUAGUGAUAAACAUCUAUACAUUAGAUUUAAAUAAGACUGACACAAAGAUUUAGUGAAUUUGUAUUACAAACAAUAUUUUGCUGAUUCUACCACAGUACGUGCAUCGAGAUCUAGAUAUUCUUUCAGUUUUUACUCUACACUCAAGAACAACACAUACAUACAUUAUAUUUAUAUACCGAUAGUUUCAUUCUAGGCAAAAAACAUCGUAAUAAGAUUUUUAAACUAAAAGAAAAUAUUGUAUUUUUCUCAAAUUCAACACUGUUCUAUGUCACAAAAGUAUUACAUUAAAAAAAAUUAGACAAAAAAUAAUGCCUUUUUUUUAAUUUCACAGUUAAAGCGAAAUGUACAAAACGCAAUCUUAACAAUAUUAAACGUUUUAAGUAAAUAGAAUUGUAUAAAGUCCUAUUGUCUGACAUUAUACUAUAGGAAAUAAGCUAUAUUUAAACUAAAUUUUUCACUAAUUAAAAGAGUAUACAUUUUAAGUUAUUAAAUUUUAUAUAUAGUUUUCCAUGUAUCAUAUUGAGUAAACACUUUUUCUUACUAAUUCGUAUUAAAAUUGUAAAAAAGAAUUUCUAUCUUGAUGUAUAUAUAAAAUGGGGAAUUUGAUACUUUCGUUCUAUGUUGCGAAAUAUUUUGGUUGUUAAGACAAAUCAAAGAAUUUUUGAACAACUUUCAUGUCAGGUAAAAUUUUAUAAAAUUUAAUUAUACAUAAAAUCAUAUCAUGAAAUUUAUUUGUAGAAAGGCAUGAAGAAUUAGAUUAAAUAUAAUAUCGCAUAGAUGUUCAUCAUAGUUUUUCACAGAACAAUCUAAAUUUCUUUUAUUUAUUUAUAAAAAUUCUUUGGUAUAUAAAUUUUGUGAAAGCUUUUCAUUUGUGUACUUUAUAUAAUUAAAUAUAUUAUGUAUUCUA